AUGGAAAUAAAGAGCCAACCUUAAAAUGAAAUCAAUACAAUUGCGAAUUUAAAAACUUCUGAAAAUGAAAAUGUUAAGUUAAUUUGUCAGGAAUUGAAAAAUAUUUGUACUGUUUCUUACUAACUUAUUACUCCAAAAAUCUCAUUGAAAAUGAUUAGAAAGAAGAAAAUAAUAUAAUAAAAGAAUAAUAAUGAUCCUUCAAAGAAGGAAACAAGUACAAAACAAAAUAAAAAGUCUAUCCAAAAUCAAUUUGAUGAUACUAAAGAGUAAUUAGAAUCAAAGAUAGCCCUCAUUAAUGAACUUUAGACCAAAUUACUGUUCUUAAAAUUGAUGAUAUCCAAAAUGUGA